AUGAAGGAACACCUUUCAGGUUCUCACAAGAAUGUUGCUCCAUGCUCCAAAGUUCCUGAUGCUGUAAGGGAUGAGAUAAAGUCAUACAUGAAUAAGUCUACCACAUCAAAACAUCUUGCACAGAAGCAAUUUGAGGAUAGAGUUGAUGCUGGAUCUUACUACGGGAGUGAGAGUAGAAAUGGCUCUUCCUCCACGAUACAUAACAGAGGUGUACGGGAUCCUAUGGAUCAAUAUAUGACUAAUCCAGAAGAGGAUAGAGGACAAGCACAAACGAUGCCUGCGGCCGAUAGAUGGUCUGACAUAAAGAACAGGAGCUUGAUUAACAUCCUUGUGAACAAUCCCUACGGCACGGUGUUUUUACGAUCGAUUGAAGCUUCAGAUGAGGUGAAAAAUGCUACAUUUAUUUUCAAUUUACUUGAUGGGAUUAUUGAGGAGAUUGAUGAGCAAUUGAUUGUCCAGGUAGUGACUGAUAAUGCCAGUGCAUACAAAGCAGCUGGUCAGAUGUUGAAGGAGAAGAGGACACACCUAUAUUGGACACCCUGCGCAGCACAUUGUAUCGAUCUCAUUUUGGAGGAUCUUGGUGACUUACCUCAGCACAAGAGUGCUCUUUCUAGGGCAAAGAAGAUUACAAAGUUCAUCUACAAUCACUCUUGGGUCUUAAGCUUGAUGAGAAAGUUUUCAAAGAAAGAAAUCAUUCGCCCUGCAACCACUAGGUUUGCCACAUCCUAUUUGACACUACAGAGCUUGAUGGAGGUGAGGCAACCUUUGGAAGCAAUAUUUAUAUCAACUGAAUGGCUUAACUCUGCUUGGGGGAAGAAAAGUGAUGGGAAUGAAAUAAGAAAGAUAAUUCUAAAUGAUAAAUUUUGGGCUACUGUGAACUAUGCCAUUUUGAGCACGAGACCCUUAGUGCAAGUACUACGCUUAGUGGAUGCGGAGAAGAAACCGGCUAUGAGUUUUAUUUAUAAUGCUAUGGAUGAGGCCAAGGAGAUGAUUGCACACAACUUGGGAGGAGAGGAGGCAAGUUAUAAGGAGAUUUGGGAUAUCAUUGAUGCUCGGUGGGAGCAGAACGGAACAGGAGCAUUUGAAGAGGGUGUUAGAGGUGCUGCAGGAGCACCAGCUGAGAGUCAAUUUGAAGAAGUGCUGCUUCGCACAAGAUACAACACCAUAGCAUGGCCACUCACUGAGCAAUUGAAAAAAGACGAUUUCAUAUGGGGGAAGCAUCCACAUCAGUCUUUGAGAGCUUGUUGGAAGGCUAUAACUACGGUACCGGUCCUAGCUUUGUCGAAUUUUACUCAAACCUUCAUAGUGGAGACAGACACCUCGGUGUAUGGACUGGGUGUCGUACUUAGGCAGGAUCAUCGACCCAUUGCCUACUUCAGCCAGGUGUUGACUGCUAGAGCCAGGCUAAAUUCAGUCUAUGAGAGGUAG